AAGUUGUAUAUUUUCGCAUUUUUGUGCGUCGAAUUUUUAUUUAGUGAAACCAAAUGUUAAUGAACGAUUUGAAUCUGUGAAACUCGCUAUUUUAGUCCCAUACUGGUAGGUGAUUCUUUUGUGCAAAUCGUGACUGAGAGUGUAAGAAUAGAAUUGUUGAUGACUUUUAGUCACAAUCCAUAUGCUGGUUAGCAGUCGAUAACAACGAGAUGGCUGAAUGUCCGGAGAUGAACGGGAUUGCAAAUAACAUCGUUUCAGAAAAGUGGGUUGGCAGCAGAAAGUCUGAAUGGAUACGUUUGAAUGUGGGGGGUCACCACUUCCUUACCACCCGAACAACCCUUUGCAGAGAUCCAAAGUCUUUUUUCUUCAGACUCUGUCAAGAAGACAACAAUCUUGCCUCAGAUAAAGAUGAAACAGGUGCCUUCAUGAUUGAUCGGGACCCUACUUAUUUUUCACCAAUAUUAAACUUCUUGAGACAUAGCAAACUAGUUAUUGAUAAAAACUUGGCUGAAGAAGGAAUUCUAGAGGAAGCUGAAUUCUAUAACAUUACUGAACUCAUCCAGUUAAUUAGAGAUAAAAUAAGACUAAGAGAUGAGGUACCACAGAAGGAAAGUAGGAAGCAAGUUUACCGUGUAUUACAGUGUCAUGAGGAUGAAUUAACUCAAAUGGUUUCAACUAUGUCUGAUGGAUGGAAAUUUGAGCAGCUAAUAAAUGUUGGGUCACAGUACUCUUAUGGGAAUGAAGACCAUUCAGAGUUCCUGUGUGUUGUAUCAAGAGAGUGUGACAAGAGAGAAAGAGAAACAGAGCCUACUGAUAGAGCCAAAGUGCUUCAGCAGAAAGGGUUGAGAAUGUAAUAUGCUAUGGGAUUUUUGUACCAGGAACCAAAUACUGAACUAAAUUUAUGCAGAGAACCAGCCUUGUGGGAUUUUAUCCACGUUGCAGCCAUUUUGACACUUCUUGUUCACAAGUGUUGCUUUUUAUUCACAAGUGCAAUACAACUCUGCUUCACAGCUACAUUAAAUUUUAGGAGAUCCAAAUUUGUAUU